AUGAGUGUUUCCGCCGCCACAUGCGCGAGUUUCACGCGUCAUCGCUUGUUUUGUGUUCCCUGUGUGGCCUGUGUGGUUGCAGAAUAAGGGAGGGUGGCGCCGUGUCGGAGAGUCUUGCGCCCGGUCUGCAGAUAUUCUGCACCGUGACAGAGUUAUGGUCGUCCUCUCAUGAUUGAGGUGGAACUAUUUCGAUCUUGCAGUUAUUGGAUGACGGAGGGCGUUGCCUCUUGGGUGUUGUUGGACUCUAUUUACGGGAGGAGUUUGGUCGUGUUUCCACGAUGUUGCAUGUACCAUGUGUCUGAUUUGU